AUGAGAAAGUGGCUUAUGAGCAGGCUUUCCCAACACGCACCCACGGCAUCAAGCGCUCACAGACCCACGAUGAAUUUCUCCAUGCUUGAGCUACCACCUGAGCUUCGGCUCUGCAUCUUCGAGCAACUUGACCCUCAUGCGGACAAAGACACACUGCGUGCUGCCGCGCGUGCGUGCCGUCUGUUACAGGAUCUGGCCGAGCCGUUUCUGUACAAGCAUAUCUUCUUACGCACUGGGCUUGAAGUCGCAACGCUUCUCAAGAGCGUUGCGGCACGCCCUGCUCGCGUUAAACUCAUCCAUACGCUUGAUGUUCGGUGCCAGUGGGGCAAGUCUUCCGGCAUUGAGAGGCUAGAAGCUUUGUUGCGUACCGCCGCAAAUAUUGACACCCUUACGAUCGAAAGUCCAUACUGCAACAGUGGUAGAUGGCAUUCUACAGGAGGAGCAUGGGAGCCGCUGAAACGGGCACUUCUCGAGCCCAUCGCUGCCGCUUCGCUGCCUAACGCACACCCUGACGGGCAACCGUUGCAGAACCUCACCACAUUGACACUCCAUCUCAACGGCGAGCGUAGCGAGUUCUGGUAUAUGAUGGACUAUCAAGCCGACAUAUUCGGGCAUCCUACACUACGGGAUCUGACAAUGUCAUGCGCGGCUAUACCGAGUUUGAGCAAGCGGCAUCUGAGCAAGUAUACCAAGUCUCCUCUGAAGCGCCUCACUCUUGAUCAAUGUCAGAUCAGCCUGAUCGGACUCGCCGCUCUUCUGGCCAUCCCAGCUGCGCUCGAGUAUCUGUAUCUCGGAGAAUACACCCUCGACAAUGAUGAGCAGCAGUGGCCUCAGGGAGAGGAAUACGAUACUUUGUGCCAUAGGAGCGCGAACGCUUUCAUACUUGCGCUCGGUCAGCAGGCCAACUCUCUGACAACACUGACCUAUUAUGAGCGAUUCUCCUCUUCGCUGUACGGCGGACGGCAGCAGCUAGGUUCUGGACUAAAUGUGCUCCACCAGCUUAAAGAGCUUCGGCUUCUCGGCGACACAGACGCUCAGCUACAAACUAUGUUGAUGUCCGACCUGACCUCACCCCCAGUACUUCGCGCACUCCAUCUCCAAGAACACUCGCUUCUGGAAUGGAUAGCACUUGAGGUCGAUGACGAAGGCAACUUCCUACAACUCGCGGAGAGCUCGUCACUGCCCGGACCCAUAGCCGAUCUGCUUUCGGCAAAUUCCGAGCUUAAAGUCCUGCAGUUCAGAGUUCCGCAAUUGUACGAAACAACAAGAGCUAGGUGGUCGGGCGUUUCCCAAGCGAUCGCGAGCUUAGGAGAGAUGUUACGUGAACGCGGUAUAGAUUUCCGCGUACACCUCUGCCCUAGGCAGCCAAGGUUCGUACGGCCAAUACUAUAUGGGGAGGUGGAAGAUGUGGACGAGCUCCUCUACUCGAAUUGCGGUGAGGCAUAUAUCCCUCUUUGCGGGCAUUCCGAUGGCGGCCAACUCAUUGAGUCAGACAACAGUGAGUAUGAAGACGGGGCCGGAUUCGACGGAGAUUGGUCGGAGACUGCGCUGGAGCAGAGCAGCGACGACGAAGAAUAG